GCCGGCCCAAUGCCUUUUUCUGGAGCGCCCAGAAACCUGGAAGAGCAGUCGAACGGGCCGCAGACGACAGAGCCGUUUCAAGGAUGCAUGCUGACUUCCCUGGCUCGGCUUGCCCCGGCCACAGGCGUCCUCCGGUCUUUGCAGUGAUGCAGGCGGCAGGGGUCUCAAAGGAGGCACCUCUGAAUGAUGUUGAGGCGAAGGGGAUCUUCAGAGGGGCCCCUGUCAUAAUCAAGGGUCUGCAGAAGAAGCCUGAGUAUAACGGCAAGAAAGGCCUGGUCACGGGAGGGCCGUAUGACAAUGGCCGCUUUGAGGUCACCAUUCAGACCGGGAGCAACAGCGGCUACUCUGAUGCCAAGGUGCUGUCCUUGGGACCUUCCAAUUUCCAGCUGGACUUGGAUGCUUUACAGGAGUAUGUCGUGCAGAAGCGAAUAGAGAAGGCCCGCCGCGAUCCUCCGCUAGAGGAUUUGGCAGCUCUCUGGACGAAAGGUAAAGGCUUAUCUGCCAGAAGUCUUGCAUGGACGAGGGGCAAGGAGUCUGCCAGUGUCUCGGUAAAGUCAGAUGCGCCAGAAGACAAUUCUAUACCGAAGGAGGACCUUCAGUUGGAUGGGAGCGUUGAGCAAGGAUGGUCAGGCUGGUUGGUGGCUGCCUUGGGUGUUGUAGGUGUGCUUUUCCCUUUGACAUACUGCAUCAUUCCACACCUUCGCAAGCUGCUUUGCAAAUCGGGAUGCUUGGAUCAGUCGUAUCAUGUCGUACCAGACUCGGAGAUGAUUGGGCAUGCCUCAAUCCAUUCUGAUGUGCCGGAGACGACAAGCUUGCCGCAGCCAGCAGCUACCGAAUAUUUCUUCAUCGGGGAAGAGGCAGCCAAUGCGACGAUAGCAACGGCCCAGACGGAGUCAGAGCCAGAAGCUGAGUUGUACCCCGAGGAGUCCGAAGUCACCGAAGAGUCUGGUUGGUCCACACGACCUCGCAGCGACGGUGCAUCAUCGGAGGCACAAGAGGACCGGCAGGAGCGACCCCAAGAACGGCUUAGGUCUCCUCGCGAGCUUGGAGUGUCCUUCCAAGCUGCAUCGGAGCCCAUUCUUCCCGUGCCUUGCAUCGUGGCAAAACCGUCGGAGCCUGUGACCAGCGGCAGGUCGAGUUCCCUGAUGAUGCUGUACGCCUCCCCACUCUGCCGAAUUGACGCCACCCGUGGAGCUACCCCACUGCCAGCUCUCGAUUUCGAACAAGAGUGGAGGAACCUAGUGACAGCUUCGGUGGAAUCGCCCAACGGACCCUCGUUGACAGCUCGCCCGCUGACAGCAGCAAGCCUUCAACGCAGCCUAUCGCACGGAAUUGCAACUCGAAAAGACACCAACAUCCUUCACCUAUCUGCACACGGUACCCCACAGGGCUUGGUCCUUGAAGAUGGAAAGGGGACCGCUCACCUCCUCAGCUGCGAGCUCGUGAAGGAGAUGCUGUCGCUGCGCGCGGGGACAGCUCCCUUCCAGCUGGUAGUUCUCAACGCCUGUCAAUCCCAAGCAGUUGGCAAUGUCUUCGCUGACUCCGGUAUUCCGCAUGUGGUCUGUUCAGAGGACAAUAUCAUGGAUUCCUGGGUGAAGAUCUUCAUGCGUAUGUUCUACACAGCAAUCUUUUGUGGCAGCACAGUAGCCGCGGCCUUCGACGGUGCCGUCACUUCUCUACGAUGCCAGCCUGGCAUUCCGCAGGAGGCAAGCCGCAGCUUCUGCCUGCUUCCGCGAACCGGAGACCACGACAAAGUCAUUUGUCCCACGAGGGUGGCCGCACGAAAGCCUCAGACCAGGUUGCUGAGCACGCCGUUCGAGCAGUUCUUGCCCGAACUUCCGGAAGACUUCACUGGGAGGACAUUGGAUGUUUGGUCCAUCCUCCAGCACCUGGACAAGCGUCGCUUUGUCACAGUUUGCAAUCGGCAUGCUGUACCAGGAAUAGGCAAAUCUGCGGUUCUCGAUGCUGUUCAUCGAGCAUCUGCUUUGCACAUGCAGAUGCGAUGCGUCAAAGUUCGAGUGGGUUCAGAAGUGGAGGAUUGCAUGUCCUGGAUCUACAGUAUUCGCUCAGCCGUCCAGCUAGCAUUGGCUGAGGAGGACUGGCUUAGCUCGACCCGGAAGGGCGGCAGUUGCCAGUCGAGGUUGACCUCUGCUUCAGUGACCCGUCCUCGCAAGUGUUUGCCCCGGAGGCAGGCGAGGAAGACGCAGCUGGAGUCCGAAGCGCCGACGUGGUCCAAUGAGGAGUUGCUCCAGACCUUGCUGCACGAGCUGAGCCUGCUUGCAUCGAAAUGGCAAAGGCGAAACACGGCCAGCGUGCAGACGGGGAGCACAAGCCGAGGAUCCAAGGUGCAGGCAGUGUCUGCCGGAGAUGCGAGCGGGCUCGGAAUACUGCUCCUGAUCCACGGCUGCGGGACUAUCUUGGAGAGGUGCCCGGACAUGUUGAACAUUCUCUCUGAGAUCCUGCGCCAUUGUCCGAACCUUCGGAUAGUUGUGAGUUCUCAGUAUCGACUGCUGGGGUCAGGAUGCAGCCAGUUCAAGGUUGUGCACUACGAGCUUGAGGGCUUAAAGCCCGCGGAUGCGGCACGGUUGUUUCUUCGUCGUGCCCAGCGACCUCUGAGAUGGAAAGAGGUGCUUGCUGGAACGGAUGCAGAGCGCGAACUUUCUUCAGUGACAGACGAUGCUCAUGUCGUUCUGAACAAGGAUAGUGAAAAAGAGGUCCUGGAAUUAAUAGCGUCGCAUCCGGCUGUGGCGCGCUUGAAAGGCGCCCCUCAAGCACUUAUCGAGCUGGCUUGCCACAUGGGGCAUCGCACGCUGAUCGAUUUUGCAGCAGAAGGCCAGGCCAAGCCAAGCCACGUCUAUGAUCAUGAAAUGUGGGUCAUGACAUUGCGGCCUGAUGCUCGCAACGGUGAGUGUGCAAGCUCCGCUGUACCGGAUUUGGGGCAAGGUGAAGUGCUGCUUCGGGUAGACAAGUUUGCAUUUAGCCACAUGGCGUUGGGAUACCUGAUGAAAGGCUUCACACGAACUUUUGGUGCGUAUCACAACUUCUACAAAUGCCAAGAGGAGAAUCUGUACCGCUCUGCCUGCUGGGGCUUCAUGACAGUGAUGGAGUCCACUCACCCGAAGGAUUCGCAAGGGAAGGUUUGCCGCUUCGUGACAUGGCCCCUGUGGGCCGUUGCUGAUUCCGUGUUCCUUGCUACCGAUGGCGGCGGACAAAGAGGCUGGGAGGGCAUUGCUGCCAAGACUGUGGGAACGGCUGGCACCUUCUUCAAGGGACUGCAAGGCAACACUUCGCACAGAGGAGCUAUACAGGCCACUAUGCCGAUGCAGCUGGAAGCAGUUCUGGCGAAGCGGGAGAAAGCCGAGAAGGAGCACAAACCUGCCCGGCCACCAAACGUGCUUGUUGACGGAGUGUAUGUCAGAGGGUCCGCGGAUCCCAAGCAGAAGCCGGUGCUUCGACAUGUGAUCGUGAAGGAUCUCAACAAGGUCGCGGCGCAGCUCAAGUACGAGGUUCCAACGACGGGUCUUUUCGAGAGGAAGCCACCCAUGGGCUUGUACUGCGUGUUCGACGGCCUCUCCAGAGCCGGAGUUGGAGUUGCUGGACCUGCGUCCGCUGAGUUCUGCGCACUGAACUUCCACAUAGCGCUUCUGAACUCGCUAUCGGAGUUGAGGGCUGGCACGCCAUCUGCGGCGUCUGUUCAGACUGCGGUGGCAAAAAGCUUGGAAACUCUGGAUCAAGAGCUCCUGAUAAGGAACCCGGAGAUUGCCGACGGAUGUGGUGCUGCAGUGGCACUGCUCGUGGGGGAUCAUCUCUUUGUCGCCUUCAUGGGGCGCUGUACAGCGGUGCUGUGUGAGGUCACUGAUGACGGCAAACGGGUGGCAGUGAGGCUUGGGAAAGGAGCCAGAGCCGGUGGUGUGGGAGGAGCUGUGGUGACAUCUUCUCCAGAUGUGCAGACGGUGUACUUGGGGAGCCCCGAACGACAUCCGUUUCUGGUGUUGUCAUCUUCGGCGAUUCCCUUGAAAGCUGCAGAACUACUUGCUCUCGCAGAGGACUUUUCGGUGCAGCCGCGGGCCUUUUGCGGGGAGGUUGCCUCGCGUGCCUCAGAAUUGGCGAAGUCGCCAUGCACGGCAGUGCAGGUGAACUUCCUGCCGGAGCCCUCCCUGCAGGCUGAGGGACAGCCCCCAGCCAAAAAGGCGAAGGUUGGCCCCGGGCCUUCAGGAGUGGCCUCUGAGCUCAUAUUAGUCAAAGCCACGCAGAGUAUGCGGCUCAGGCAUAUCCUGGUGAAGUUCCAUGAAGGCACCAAGCCGGCCGAGGAUCCCAAGGCCCCUUGGGCCUCCCGGACGAGGGCAGAGGCGGAGCGCCUCCUUCGCGGCGCAAUUUCGGAAAUACGGCAGGAUCGGAAGUCCUGGACAAAGACACCUAAAGAUGUGACGGAGCUCAUAUCAUUGAGCUCCAAGAAGUUCAUAGAGCUUUGCCGAAAGCUCUCCGACUGUGAAACUGCGCAGAAGGGGGCUCUGGCUUGUGGUGACCUCGGCUGGGUCGCUCCAGAGGCUCGGGCUGCCAUGAGCGAGCACUUCAAGGAGGUGUGCGACAUCCUGCAGCCCGGUCAGUGGAGUGACAUCGUAGCCUCACACCAAGGUUUGCACUUGGUGCAGCGAGUGGCUGUUGGAACGAGGCUCUACGGCCUCGUGCCGCCGGCAAGGUACCAGGUGCAGCCCGUCGGUGGCACGAUCCCAGCGGGAAAGAAAGGAGAGCCUGCGAUGGUGGAACUUGCCAUGGAGGAGAUACCCUUCAACCUGCGGCGCUUCCAGGAAAUGGAGGUUGCUGAAGGCCUAGAGCCCCACCUGGAGGACUGGAUCGUGGCGACCAAGGAAAUCUACACUAUGGCGUAUUAUAUGGACGAGCAGCUCUUGGUGGAUACUGGGAUGAUCAGCUGCGUGCUGAUCUCCUGCGCCUCUGCGAAGACCGCACUCGCUUUGGCCUUCUGUCUUCGGAUGAGAGACAUGAGGUAUGUCUUCGGGCUGACUUCCAAGGAGCAUCUCGAGUUUACGCGAUCCACGGAUCUCUACCACGAGGUCUUUACAUACGAGGAUGUGGAUUCACUUCCAAACACUCACACCGUGGUGUACAUGGACUUCAAGUGCGACGGCGAGCUCCGCCAACAAAUUACACUCAGGAUGGGAACGAAUCUGAUGUACAACAUGGUGAUCGGUCCAGCUGUCUUCCAGAAGAAGAUGAAGGAUCAAGUCUUUGAGAAGCGUGCGCGGGAAGUUCUCUUCGACGAAUCUUCCUGGCGCGAGAGACGCCGCAUGGUGGCCGAGGUCACGAAGACUGGACGGAAUGAGAAACUCAAGCACUCCUACCAGGCCUUUAUUGACCGCAUGAAGAAGCUCAUUGCAGUCAAGCAUGUCAAUAGUGUGGAUGGAUUCGCGGCUAUGUAUGACAGCCUGUACAGCAAUGCCGCUUCUCCCUCGGACGUGCACGUCUGCUGCUUCCAUGAAGAUGCGGUGGUUGACGAGAUUUGGAAGGAAUAG